AACGCACAUGGUUUCGGCGGUUAUGAACCUUUCAGGAGAUCUUGUUGCUUACAAACACCGCAGCCAUAUGUGGAUCGCGGAGGUUCCACAUUGACGGAUUUCUAGCCCUCGCAGCCGUAAUACUGCGCAGCGAUCACAGCCCAACCUUGUUCGGUCCAAUGAGCACCGCCAAGCACAUCUCUUUGAAUGAACAGUUGCUCGCUAUCUCUUCCAUAUCAGGGUGGAUCGGAUGCAACUGGUCUGGAGGCAGUUUCGGCGAGAGGGUAUUUUUUACGUUAUCCAUUUGUCGGCUACAAGGAACCAUCCUCGGGAGCUACAAAUGUCUGGUAGCUCCCGAGUUACUUGUCAAUGAAAUGCGUCAAAGAGAGUGUAAUCAGAGGAAGGAUAAAAUACUUGCACCUCUAGCAUUUGCCAUGAAAAUUGCAACUACAAAUGAGAGGGCACUUAGGCAGGACAUAGAUGCCAUACUGGACUACCGACUGAAUACUGAGGAGCAUUACUACAGGUUUACCAAGCUCAUGAUCAAGUCCAUGAUAAUCUAGACAUACUUCCACGAACCGAACGUCAGAACGAUGCUGCGGAUAGGCUGAGCUUGAAGCUACCAUCUUGGGUCCUUUCCUUCCAUAUUCCCGG